AUGUCUGCUCUCGACAACACCCAACACGAAUCGACGGCCCUACAGGGCUACUACGGCUGGACAGACACCCUGAAAGGAGUUUACUACGGCCCGGGGUCGCUGGCGACCGCCCUCCCAAAGCUCUUGCAGGCCUUAGGAGCAACCAAGGCCCUUGUUGUCACCGGAAGGAGUCUAUACGAUAAGACAGACGUUGUGAAAAAGGUGGAGAAUGUGCUGAAGCAGCACAACGCGUAUGGGGCCACAUUCUACGAGAUCGGCCAGCAUGCGCCCGUGGCGGGCAUCAACAACGGAUUGAAGGCAUUCAAGGACGCUGGUGCAGAUGUGAUCGUGUCCGUCGGAGGCGGUUCCCCUGUCGAUGCAUCCAAGGCGAUUUUGUAUUUUCAUAAACAGGAGACUGGCGGGGACUAUCUGCGUCAGAUUGCUAUCCCAACCACGCUCAGCGCGGCGGAAUACACCGUUGGCGCAGGCUACACAAACGAAGCGGGAAAGAAGGUUGCAGUUAGUUCGCCGCUGCUUGCCCCCGCCGGCGUCAUCCUCGACGCGGAAUUGACUCUGUCGACCCCAGACCGCCUUUGGCUGUCGACGGGCAUGCGAGCGGUCGAUCACGCAGUCGAAAACUUGUACAGGCCUCUGGUACCUCCUCCUAUCAAGCACCUCUGUUAUGCCGCUCUAGUCGACCUUUUCAAAUACCUCCCACAAUCGAAAGCAAACCCAAAGGCGAUUGACAUUAGGCAGAAGCUGCAGGUUGCAUCCUGGAUGAGUUUGUGGCCCAUGAAGCAGGAGAAGUACAGCGCGCUUGGUCUCUCGCAUGCUCUAGGACAUAAGUUAGGUGCUGCAUACAGCAUUCCCCACGGUAUCACAUCAUGUUUGACGCUCGCUCCAACCGUGGCCUUGAAAGCCGAAGUAGCAUCUCAGGAAGACAAGGAAUGGCUUUCUAAUGCCCUCUAUCAUUUGCGCCAAGAGCAAACGGGAACCUUGGAAAGCGAUGUGCUCAAAUUGUCCAAUUUGAUUGAUGGACUUGUGAAGGAUCUGGGGUUGAAAUGUAACCUAGAAGAGUACAAAGUGCCCCGAGAGGACGUCCCCCAGAUUGCAGAGUUAGCUAUUGGAAACACGACUGACCCGACAUAUCCAAAAGUUUUGGAUCUGCUGUACAAUCUGUAUCCCAACUGA